CGUCUCACACCUGCCAUCGACUGCAGCGCAGAGGGUGAGGCUCUUCCCUAGGACUGGGGAUGUCGAGCACCUCGAUGGCCAACUAUAUAGCUUCUUUGGAGGGAAUUUUUUAAUUGAAUUGUUAGUAUUUUUAUUAUUGAGUUGUAAGGGUUAUUUAUAUAUUCCGGAUACGGGUUCUUUAUCAGAUAAACGAUUUGCUAAUAUUUUUCUCUAUUCUGUGAGCUGUCUUUUCACUUUUGGAUGGUGUCCUUUGACACACAAAAUAUUUUUCUUUCGAAGCAGUGUUCUUUUUCUUACUGGACUGUUUAAAAAAAACGUUUUAAGAGCUUCCGCGUACUCUCGCGCGCCAGACCGGGCAGGACGCAGUCAGCUGCACGCUGGGAUACAGGGACUGAACUGCACAGACUGAUCCGACCGCCAGGGGGCGCGGCGGGGUCAACUGCGCCUGCGUCGGAGAGGAAGCGUGCGCCCGAGCGCGAGCACGAGCGCAAGCGAGGUGGAGCGCGCGCCUGCUCCGACUGCGCCUGCGCGGAGCUCGUGGCCGCGCCUGCUCCCGCCGGGGGCUCGUCGCUUGCCGGGCAGUGGCCAUGGGGGAGGCCGAGGUGGGCGGCGGGGGUGCGGCGGGCGACAAGGGCCCAGGGGAGGCGGCCACCAGUCCGGCGGAGGAGACAGUGGUGUGGAGCCCGGAGGUGGAGGUGUGCCUCUUCCACGCCAUGCUCGGCCACAAGCCCGUCGGGGUGAACCGACACUUCCACAUGAUUUGUAUCCGGGACAAAUUCAGCCAGAACAUUGGGCGGCAGGUCCCAUCCAAGGUUAUCUGGGACCAUCUGAGCACCAUGUAUGACAUGCAGGCACUGCACGAGUCUGAGAUUCUUCCCUUCCCAAAUCCAGAGAGGAACUUCGUCCUUCCAGAAGAGAUCAUCCAGGAGGUCCGAGAAGGAAAAGUGAUUAUAGAAGAAGAAAUGAAAGAGGAGAUGAAGGAAGAUGUGGACCCCCACAGCGGGGCUGACGAUGGUUUUUUUUCUUCAGGGAGCUUGGGGAAAACAGCAGAAAAAUCUAGCAAAGACAAAGACAAGAACUCCUCAGACUCAGGGUGCAAAGAAGGUGCAGACAAGCGGAAGCGCAGCCGGGUCACGGACAAAGUCCUGACUGCAAACAGCAACCCGUCCAGCCCCAGCGCCGCCAAGCGCCGCCGGACAUAGACAUCUCGGCCCUACGCAGUCCCUGAGGGGCAGUUGGCAGGGCCUGAGCACCACCCCUUAGUCUGCAGGGACAUCGCCUGGUGCACUGCACCCACACUGCCUGCCCUGGCUGUCCAGCAGGGGAGCUUGGCGAGGCUUGCUGUGUCCAGUCAGACCAUCCAGGAUCCUGGGAUCCUGGAAGACCAAAAAGACCAGGCUUGCCCCAGGUCAGCUGUGGAGGCUCCUGUAUCUGCAUUCUGUCCUUGGGAACACCUGUGGCUUCCCUGUGACCUGGGAUAGCUCCACGUGUGCAGCAGCGUCGGGAACAGGAGGAGCCCUGAGAUUAGCAAGCAAUAAAAACACCGACCUCACUCCCUGUCCUCAGAAGAACCACUAGUCUUCCCCACAGGACUCUGUUCUUCCCAAGUCUUUGUCCCUCUCUGACUCUGCACAGACUAUAACAUCAGGAGGACGUGGCCUUUGUGCCCCUGCCACGCAAACGCCCACUUGGGAAGCUACGAACCAGACACUUUGCCUCAUUCACUUGUACUGUAAGGGUGUAUAUAAUUUGGUUGGUAUCUCACUAUUUAAUUUUUAAGAAGCCUAUUUUACUAGUGUUUUAUAUGAAAACAAUACUGGAGAAGUUGAGCCCAUGUCAUAUUUUCCUGAGAUGUUUUGUUUUAAGGUAAUGACUGAGGUACUUUUUGCUCAGUUUUUAUAUGCCAGAUACAGAGAAUUUGUAGCGGUUAUUUUUGUAUUACCUAGUGACAGCAGACAGGCCAGAUAGGUGGGGGGAGGGAAGGUGCCCCCUCAGGCUGGCGAGGGUGCCCAGUGCUGACUGAGAUGCGCUUUUGUUUGCAGAACAUUAAAGCACAAAAUAUCAACCUGAA